CGUGUGCUUCGCGCUUGCAAGAUGGUGUGUACACUUACCGAAAGCACAAUAUCCUUCGUAGGACACAUUAAAGCAGUCACAUAUCUUGCUCUACACAAAACGGAUCUAACUACUAGCGACGGUAUUGAUGUUCUGCUUGCGACGGCGUCUGAUGAUGGUCUGGUGAUUGUUUGGGAUUGUGCCACCGUAACAAAGAAAUGUGAGAUAUCAGGAGACGGUGAGCUGUGCAGUGCACUUUGCUGGAGUGCUAUCGGAGACACGCUAUAUGUGGCGUACAACGAUGUCAUCUGUGCAUACGCAACUGAGACUCUGCUAGCAACCCCCUCAGGCGCACAACCGGAGCGGAAGUUCACAUCUAACAAGGAUGAAAUAGGACAGAUCACGGUCGAUCAGAAGAACCAGUACAUCGCCGCAGCCGAUGAUUCGGGCGAGGUCCGUAUCCUGGACACGCAUACCACAAAGCAAGCAUCUCUGCUAACACGCACCCACACCAACAUAUGCUCGAGUGUGAGCUUCAUCAGAGACAGACCCGGCGAGUGUGUGAGCGGAGGGUUGGAUGGGAAGCUGGUGCUGUGGGAUUGCAACCGAUGUGUGCCCAAGCACGUGGUGGAUUUCAUGGAUGUACCGCAGGAGGGCGCUAGUGCAACGCCUAUGUUCAACCCUCCGAUGGUUAACUGUGUCAAAGUGUCUUCCAACGGCCGCCGCAUGGCCGCAGGACUGGCUGAUGGCACCGUGCGGGUGUUUGACCUUGUCAACGUACGCUCACAAGGCCCCGGGAACGCUGGGAAAGGUGGCAAGGGCAAGAAACAGAAGCAGAAAAAGCCUCCCAGGAGAGUGAUGCAGCAGAUACGGUGUCUAAGAGGUGCGCAUAGGCAUGCCGUGAGUGCGUUUGUUAUGCUGGAAGGGUGUGUGAUGAGGAAUAAAGAUGGUGAAAAUGCGAAUGCGAUGUCUUCGGAUGUGAAAGCGGGAUCUUCGAAUGCAGAAUCGAGUCCAGAUUCAUCUGCACGUGGUGUAGUAUCAGGUAAUGGUGAGGGUGAACACGAAGGAAAAGCUGAAGGCCUACGGUACGUAGAUGAAGAUAGUUUGUGUAUCGUCUCCGCUGGGGCGGACAAGAAGAUCUGCGUGUGGGAUGUGCGGGAUAGCCUGAAUGACACAGCGCCGGAAGAGCCAUACGACGGCCUGGUGAGUGACGGGUUACUUCUGACUAUCAAACACCCGCACACUAUUAACUGGAUCGAUGCGGUGGUUGUUAGCAGCGGAGGGGGUGUUACUGUGAUGGUGGCUGAUCAGACGCCUAACGUGACUCUUUACCAACUAACCUUUUAGCUUGUUAUGUAUGGGGCCUUUGCUUGACAUCACGUUUAAUAGCAGGUAGUGGGUAAAUUAGCAUACUUACAUUUGGUGCGAUGCGGUGGUUGAUAGCAGCAGAGGGGUGGGAUUAUUGUGGUGAUGGCUGACUAGACACCCAAGGUGACACUAUUCCAGCUGGCAUUUUAACUAUACGAUUAUUGUACCAUGAGAAGGACUGAGACGGUGGUUGGCAGCAGCAGCCCACAGACAGCCAUUCCGCUGUGGUUUGGAUCGAUGCUGUGGUUGAUAGCGCUAGAGAGAGAGAGAGAGAGUCUCUGUAUUGGUCGCUGACCUGAUGCUGCAUGCACCUCUAUAGCGGCCGACAUUCCAGCGCGUCGGCAUUGAUAGUGAAUGCAUAGGUUUUGCUUUUCAUACUGUUGCAUGUCGAUAUUGGUAUUGACAUUGUAUUGGUUGUUCGUACUGCAUCUAGUAUGCCGUGGCCUGGGUCGCUUGCUACGGCUGGAAGUGCGGAUGAGAGCACUGCUGUGGUGGGGGUGGCUGUGCAUGCACCCAUGUGAUCUUGUGUCGAGCUGACUGUACAGUCGUGUUGAGCUGACUAGACAGGUAAGCAACGGGGUAAGCAGUCGUCGGUGGGGUAUAUUGACGCGCGCGAGACUACACACCGCUGCGAUGCCACGGCUGGUUUUGAGUGCGGGGUUCGUUUUGUAUCGGUUGAAGUUGGCUUGUGUCUUGGUUGGAUGCGAGGAGGCGAUACUGAUACAUACACAGGCACGCUAUUCUGGAAGUUGGAAUGGGGCUGCGGUGGGCACUGACAAAGAGGUGUAGCAUGGUAGUGAUUAAUGGCUACGCACACCAUCACACACUCAUCUCAACCACGUGAGUUUGGAACAGCCAUGCAUACGCACUCUAGUGUCAAGUUGCGUUAAUAUAUGCUGAGUUGGCUAUCAUCUGAGUGUUGUAUGGGACAAUUGACCACGCAUCCCCUAUACCCUUAGACCACGGUACUUUGGUCAGCGCAUGGCAAAUGUGCAUACACACAACACAAUAAAUCGUACUCCACCCAAA